CCGGCCGCAUCUUCCCUCUUCACUCUCUAUCCAUCCGUCAGCUCACUCGCCAGCGAAAUCCGAGCACCGCCUCCCCGCGCGCGCCUCUUCCCGGCCUCCCGGCGGCGCGGGCGACGCCAUGCCGCUUGCCCUCCCCUUCCUCCACCUCCCGCCCAACCCCGCCCCUUUCUAUCCCUCCCGGAUCCAGCGCACCCAACAGUCCCACCCUCACCUCUCCCUCCGCACCCGACGCCCCUCGGCGGCGGCGGCGGCGGCGGCGGCGGCCGAAGCAGGGAACCCGUCAGCAUCGGUGGACGUCGACGUCGAGAUGGUUCGCGGGCGGGACGGAGUGUGGACGGCGCGGUCCCCGACGGUGGUAGUCCUGUGGGACCUCGACAACAAGCCCCCGCGCGGGGCGCCGUUCCCGGCGGCCACGUCCCUCAUCGCCGCCGCCUCCCUCCUCGGCCGCGUCGUCUCCAUCUCCGCCUUCGCCAACCGCCACGCCUUCUCCCACCUUCCCGCCUGGGUCGCUGCCGAGCGCCGCGACCGCCGCGCCCUGGACCGCGCCGAGCGCGCGGGGCUCGCCGCACCUUCCGUGCCCUACUCGUGCCCCGUCUGCGGCCGCCGUUUCCCCACCCGCCCCGAUCUCACCCGCCACUUCCGGCAGCUCCACGAGCGGGAGCGCAACAAGAAGCUCUCUCGCCUCCGCUCCCUCAAGGGCAAGAAGCGGCAGAAAUUCCGCGAGCGGUUCAUCACCGGCAACACCAAGUACGAGGACGCCGCACGGGAGCUCCUCACCCCCAAGGUCGGAUACGGGCUCGCCUCCGAGCUCCGGCGCGCGGGCGUCCACGUCCGCACCGUCUCCGACAAGCCGCAGGCCGCGGACCACGCGCUCAAGCGCCAGGUGAAGCACUCCGUGGCUUAUGGCGUCGACUGGAUGGUGCUCGUCUCUGACGACUCUGACUUCACCGACACGGUGCGCAAUGCACACGCCGCCGACCUGAGGACCGUGGUGGUAGGGGACGCGUGCCGCGCGCUUGGCAAGGUUGCUGACAUUUGGUUGCCAUGGGAUAGAGUCGAGAAUGGUGAGGUUGAUGAGGAGAUGCUAAGGAGUUGUACACUUCCGGGUUAUGGAGAAGACCAGGAAGAUGACCGGGGUGAGGAGUUCAGAUUGGAUUGGGAUACCAGUGACUUGGAUGAUGUUAUUGAUGAUAUUGUUGGAAGAACCAGUUUGGUUGGGGCUACGACAAUAUCAGCGUUUGCCGACGAGGAUGUUACAGAUGGUAUAUUUGGAGUUGAAUUGAAUGGAGAUAGCAUGUUUUGGAGUAGUGACGACGAGGAAGAGGAUGGUUACUUGUGAGAUUCACAUGGGGAUUUACAGACUUUGACUUCCAUUGCAAGCACAAGCAGGGGCAGGAGCCAGUUUUCCACAAGGGACUCCAGUUAUAAAAUAUGUCUAGUGCAUUGACAUUUUAUCCUGUACUGUCUUGUGAUGUUUUUAAAUGCUGUACACGGCAUACACCUGGUCAGUCUACCAAGUCCCGUUAAGAGGAUUUUUGGUUCAUCUGCAUCCUUUGCUUUUAUUAAGGGCUUUCGCAAAGGUUGCAAACA